AUGUCUGGCCAAGACACUGAGGACUUUGGAGCAGAAAACCUCUCAGAGAAGUCUCGGAUGAUUCCGAGCCUCCCGCCGUAUGACAUGGAUGAGCAGCUCCUUCCCAGGGAGCGCCGGAGUGCCUGGUGCUGCUUGGUAUGGACCUUGGUGGUGGUCACCAUGAACUCCUUGGUCUUUUGCAUGAAUUUGCUCCUGAUGUUUGUUAUCUUCACUGUUGUUCUGCUUCCUACCAUUGUGGUGGUUUACUUUGGCUUCCAGUGCCACUCUCGGGUGCUGCACUCAGCUGCUCGCUACUGCAAAAGCAUCUUGGAUGACAACAGCUCUUCUGCCCUCAUUAUCCUCGGCUUCGUCAUCAUGUCCCCUCUCAUUGUGGUGGCCAUGGCUAUCUACUGCAGCCUGGCACGGCGUCUCCGCCUCUUGAUGUGCUUCCAGCCGUACAGCAGGGCCGUGUACAAGGGGGUGAAGUGGCGCUGGUACGAGGAGGGAGGGCUGUGCCGCUGUGCCAAGGGCUGGAACACUCAGGUCAAGGCCUGGGUGUGA